AUGGCUCCGUGGGACGACUUUGACUCCAUAUUUUACUUCAACAAGAACUUCACCUACGAUGGCAAGGUCAUUGAGCAGAUCCUCGCCAAUCGUCGAGCUCUGGAAAACCAGCUAUUCGCCGAUAGACUCUUAAGACUCGCCGGAGUGAAAGCAGUGACCAAGCAGUACCCUCCCAGGUCGAACUCAGACCUCCGCACACUCGUCGACCAGAUCGUCUCCUCGGCACUGGACAUUCAUCACAAACAAGCGUUGAUCUACUACAUCUUGAAGGAUUGUCGGGCAGCUAGCGAUGCGGCCACGCAGUUCUCGCGACGAUGCCACUUGCCCGAGAAAUACAGACUCUUUAUCGAAGGGCUCUGGAACCUGGACAGGCUCGAGUUUAGACGCGCCGUCGAGUACCUGACUGAACCCUCAAUCAUUCCCACUUUCCCCGACGAGAUCCUCUACGUCCUUACGCUGCCGCAUAUCCCUAGACACGACGAUAGCCUGGUCAUGGCCUAUUACCUGACCGUCUCCCCGCCGCUGGCCUCCGAAGCCGUCCAACGAGCCUUCUUCCAGACGCUCUGCCGGUCUAGCAUUACAGAAGCUUUCUUCUUCACUCGUAACCACCAAGAACUCCUGCGCCAGGCUUAUUUCGAGCUGCUGGUUGAAAUCGUUCACACCACCGAGGCGGGUCAAAUCCGCAGCCAACGGGCUAUGGAGUUGAUCGGGCUUCCUUUUGACGAGCAGGAGGAACAAUGGCUGGAGGAUACGCUGCUCCGUGGCAACGCCAAGGGCCUGCACGGCUCCAAAGACACGGUGAUGAUGCGACGACUUGCGACGGGGAAAAUGACCGGGCUCUCGCCGGAGCUCGAGUCCCUAGGUGGAAAGAAAAUCGACGGGGUGAACUGGGAUGUCUUGAAAAAAAGCAUGAAGCAUGCGUAG